CGGGCCCCGGAGCCCGGCAGGUCAUCUUAAACGUCCCAAAUCUUUGCCAUUACCUGAUGCAGCUGAUAAAAUCAGGAUGGCUUUAAACUCAGGGUCACCGCCAGGAGUUGGACCUUACUACGAAAACCAUGGAUACCAGCCUGAAAGCCUCUAUCUCCCGCGGCCCACCACGGUCCCCAGCGCCUACCCGGUGUAUCCGGUCCCGUACUACCCAUCCGAGGGGCCCCAGUCCACCCCGAGGGUGCUGACGCACACUUCGACACCCACCAUCCGCGUGCAGCCCAAGUCCCCAUCGGGGACGGCGUGCACUGCAAAGGCCAAGAAAGUGCUGUGCAUCACGGUCUCCCUGGGGGCCGUCCUGGCGGGAGCCGUGGUGGCCGCUGUCCUGCUCUGGAAGUUCAUGGAGAACAAAUGCAUGGUGGCCGGGGUAGAGUGCGGCUCCUCGGGAACCUGCAUCAGCCCCUCUCACUGGUGCGACGGGGUCCUGCACUGCCCCAGCGGGGAGGAUGAGAACCGAUGCGUUCGCCUCUACGGCCCGAACUUCAUCCUCCAGGUGUACUCGGCCCAGAGGAAGUCCUGGCACCCAGUGUGUCAGGACGACUGGAAUGACAGCUACGGGAGGGCCGCGUGCCAGGACAUGGGCUACCGGAAUAGUUUUUAUUCUAGCCAAGGAAUUGUGGAUGACAGCGGAGCCACCAGCUUUAUGAAGCUGAACAUAAGUGCUGGCAGUCUGGAUCUCUAUAAGAAACUGUACCACAGUGAUGUCUGUUCUUCAAAAACGGUGGUUUCUUUACGCUGUAUAGAGUGCGGGGUCACAGGGAAGAUGAUCCGCCAGAGCCGGAUCGUGGGCGGGAGCAGCGCCUCCCUGGGGGACUGGCCCUGGCAGGUCAGCCUGCACGUCCAGGGCACGCACGUCUGCGGAGGCUCUAUCAUCACCCCCGAGUGGAUCGUGACGGCCGCCCACUGUGUGGAGGAACCGCUGAACAACCCCCGGUAUUGGACGGCCUUCGCAGGAAUCCUGAGACAAUCUUUCAUGUUCUAUGGACAUGGAUACCGAGUGGGAAAAGUGAUUUCCCAUCCCAAUUACGAUUCCAAGACCAAGAACAAUGACAUCGCUCUAAUGAAGUUGCAGACACCUCUGACUUUUAACGACAAAGUGAAACCAGUGUGUCUGCCCAACCCAGGCAUGAUGCUAGAGCCGGAUCAGUCCUGCUGGAUUUCCGGGUGGGGGGCCACCUAUGAGAAAGGGAAGACCUCGGACGAGCUGAACGCAGUCAUGGUGCCCCUCAUCGAGCCUGGGCGCUGCAACAGCAAGUACAUCUACAACAAUCUGGUCACGCCGACCAUGAUCUGCGCGGGCUAUCUGCGGGGAAGCAUCGACUCCUGCCAGGGUGACAGUGGAGGUCCCCUGGUCACUUUGAAGAGCCGCAUCUGGUGGUUGAUUGGGGACACGAGCUGGGGAUCCGGCUGUGCCAAAGCUAACAGACCAGGAGUGUACGGAAACGUGACAGUAUUUACGGACUGGAUUUACCGACAAAUGAGGGUAACUUCCCUGUCCCCCUCCUCACCGAGCACUCUGAGUCUGGUGUCAAAGCCCAGAAGUCUGCGGGGUGUGGCCUGCCUGCAGGAGGCUGACGGCUGA